UAUUUAUAGUGUCAACGAACCUGGAUUUCAGGCGGCAUCAGCUAUGACAGCUGCUAUGGCAUCCAUAGAUUCCAUUGAUUCGGAAACAUCCGAUGCCGCUGGCCAAUAUCCAAUGGAGGAAUGUGUUUUCCUAGAUCCAGAAGUUCAGCGCAUAAUGCGCUCCAAUAAUGACGAUACCAGUGAGUACCCAAAAUAUGGAUGGGUAGACAUAACACAGGACUUCAAAUCGGCAUGCUCUGAGUUGAACUUGGGAGAAUUAGCUCAGGACAUGCUUUUUGGGCUAUUUGAAGCGAUGUCGGCCAUAGAAAUGAUGGACCCCAAAAUGGAUGUCGGCAUGGGAUACAAUAAAAAUGACACCGCUCCACACACUUUUGAAUCGGCAGUUGAGGCUGGAGUGCUGAAACUAAACAAUUUGACCAACGGAGAGUUAAUUGGCAUUUUCGAUGCACUUUUUUCGUGCAUAGUUUCCUGGCUGGAGGGGAAUUCAAUGGAUCAGGUUCUGUUCACCUGCCUGUACUUGCAUGCCCCUGCGAAGAUUGAAGACAAGCCCUUAAAAGCAUUUGCACACGCCGUUCGCCAGUUGAUUAUUAUUGUGAAGAACAUCAUCAUAUCGAGCAGUGUCAAUGAGGAGGAAGAUUUUCAGUUAUAUGGAAAUUCAUCCUUGUUGGCGCCUGAAGAUUCGUCACAUGUCGCCGGCAUACCUACUAUGCUCAAAGAAGCUGAGGACGACCUGGUGAGGCAGAGCAAAAGCUCGACCCAACCUGAAGACAUUAUGGCUGUGGUCCACCGUUUACGAUUCAUGCGGCACUUCUACCAGGCAAUAUAUAGCUUUGAUUGUGCCAUGAAGUCAGUGGUUGAUGAGCCCACAAUUAAUGAUAUCUAUAAACAUUUGAAUGCCUCUCUUGAACUGACUCCGCAAAUUAAGAAGACUAUUGACAAGGGCACCCAACCAAAAGCCGGAUCCGAUUGUCCCAACGCAUUGGGAUUCUCCCCAAGAGUACAUGACAGAAGCCAGCCGCCUACUUUCCCACGUAGUGUCAAAAUGAGGGAUCGGCCAUCCAGCAUCACGUUCUUGGAAGAACUGGUACAUCGUCUAAAAUAUGCCUGCAAAAUUAUACGUAUGCGGGACUACUACUCAAGUUUGAACUUCUUCAUCGAGUUCAGUCGUAAAUCUGGACAGUGUAUAUUGUCACGAAGCGUCCUCCAGGGAUUGUUUUUAAGCUGCAGGCGAUUGGUGUUUGGUACCAUUGCUUUCAAGGACUUUUUAUGGGAUUCGGUGAGAGCUUUCAAUUCACCACCGAUUCUAAACCCCAAAAACCCACUGGCCGCAGACCGCGAGAUUCAAAUGAACUUGAAUUCGUUCUUUCGCUAUUGCGUUAAUACGUUCACUCAAUUUUUGAGAAUUUGUGGUUUCAACAGUGCCCGCCAACGAGAUAAGUUAGGCAGGUUCAUUGACAGUUUUGAUCUCAUUCAAGUGGAGGCAGCCCGAUUGGAUUCGUACCUUAGCAUGUUGGCGAAUGAGAAGUUGGCUGAAGGAAACGAGGUCGCGGCCACAACGCUCAAGUACAGUACACAAUUUGCCACUUGGGUUCUGUACAAUUGCUUUAGAGCCAUGAUGUUAUAUCUAAUGUCGGGAUUUGAGUUGGAAUUGUAUUCGGUUCAUGAAUUUCUGUACAUCUAUUGGUAUCCGUAUGAACUGUUAAUCGGUUUUAUUGUUUCUGCUCUAACACGCACGGAAAACAAUCUGUUGGCCCAGGAGGAAUAUGAACGGGAACAACAGAACAAAAGCCAGGUCGGAAGUGCCGCAAAGAAUCGCAAUAAACCAAAGCCGAAAAAGAACAAAAAGCAACAAAAACCAUAUCGUCAAGAAAUUUUCUAUUAUCACGCCCUCCUAAAUAUGUGCGGUGGUUUUUAUAAGGCUAUGGGCGCCCUAACCAAGGAUGGUCGAAUACGUCAACCCAUGCCAAAAUUCGAUAACGAAGAGAUUCGUUUUAAUCGCCGUUUUGCUCCAUUUGCCAAUUUGACAUCACCUCCCCCCGUGUCGUAUGAUGAAUUCAAGAAUAUACGCGAACAUAUGAUGCGACCACCAUCCUCGGAAAUUUAUGCAAUAGCUGCUAAACAUUUUGAUCAAGCGCGCAAUGCUUUGGAAUCCAUACAGAAUCCUGAGCAAGAGAUCCUCGAUAUGCUGCAGGUGGCCAAAGUUAAUUACGUAGUCAUGAAUGUACUAGCUAAAGGCCACCAAAAGGACACUAAACGUCAACCAGAAUUUGACUUCUCUAAACAUCGUCAUUUCCCCAUCAUCAAAUUGAAUUAA